UGAAAGAAAGAGAGAGAUUCUCGUCGUAGGCUUGAAGAAGGAAGGCAUCGCUGUUUUGCCGACCGGCUCCCUCGCAGAGCGUGUUUCGCGCACGAGCAUCAACGUCGUCGAAGCACAAAAGCGACUACAUACGUCGUCCCCUCAAGGCUCAGUCCAAUAUCGUCGUUCGUGGAGCACACACAUUCUCUAACACGUCAAGGUACACCUAUUCGUUAGUGAUUACCAUUUGCGAUCUGUGAUUUUCGUUUCGGAGAAAACGUGAGAAAGAAAAAGAAAGAGAGAGAGAGAGAGAGAGAGAGAGAGAAAGAGAGAGGGAGAGAGGGAGAAAAGGAAGGAGAGAGAGAAAGAGAAGGAGAGAGAGAGAGAGAGAGAGAGAGAGAGAGAGAGAUAGAUAUAUAACUCUCUCUCUUUUUUAAACAGGGGGUUGAUUUCAUCCUAAAUAUCGCUAAAGGGUUGAGUCUUGUAAAACAGUAUACAUGGGUUCUACGUUUGUCCGAUAUACGGCACGUAUACAAAUCGACGAUUGUACCCAUCGUAAUUUAAAAAGUAUCAAGUUUAAGUAAUCGACGAAAGUUUAUAAUAAAUUUUAAUAUAUUCUAUAAUAAAUAUAAGAAGUAAAUAUAGAUAUAUGUAUAUAUGUAAUUAAUGAAUGAAUUAUGAAAGAGAGGACCUGAGUUGACGCUGUUUGUGAGAUAUACAUACAUACAUACAUAUAUAUAUAUAUAUAUAUAUAUAUAUAUAUAUCCUUAUAUAUAUAUAUGUAUAUAUAAAGAAAGAUUUAUAAAGGGAGAAGGAGAAAAAAGGAGAGCAAAAGUGUAAGAGAGAAAGAGAAAGAGAGAGAGAGAGGAAGAGAGAAACAUUGAUAUAUCUUGAAGAUCUUAAGAGAGAAAGAAAAGAAAGAAAGGAAGAAAGAAAAAGAAAUAGAAAGAGAAAAAGAUAAAAAAAAAAAAAAAAAGAGAGAGAGAGGUAGUUUCUUUCUCAAGGGGGCGUCGCGUCGUUCGCUUUUGUAUCUCGACACGCGGUCUCGCGCGAUUAAUCGAUCGCGUCACUUUCCUUUAGAAGAAGAAUCAAACAACCUCUGCUAUUCCUUAUCACGAAAGUGUCCGAUGACAAAAGUGUUGUAAUAAAUAUCAAGAGGUGUGAUACGAACAAAUACCGAAAGGAAAAAAACGUGACAAAGUUCUUUGAGAGUGUCAUCGUCCAUCCUCCUCAUCCUUUUCCUCCUCCUUCUUUUUCUUCCUACUCCUCCUCCUCCUCCUCUUCCUCCUUUUUGUUCUCUACCUCCCCUUUUCCUCCUAUUCCACCUUCACAACUACGACCACCACAGCUUCCUCUUCCUCGACACUAUUUAUCCUCCGUAUCGCGAUGACGACACUUAUAUGAGCUUUCAACGAGUCCAACGAUAGAAAGUCUUUGAUUCUAACUUCGAAUCUAACGGAUCAUAUUACUAAUCUUCUUUCUUUUAUCUGCUAAAUAGAGAUAUACGAUGCUUCCUAUUCGAUCGCUUGAAAAAUCAUUUCGAUCGCUCAACCCUAACACAUUUAUACGAUAGAAAUUAAAUAAUAGAGAUUAAUAUCGAUACGGAUAUAUAUAUAUAUAUUUAUAUAUAUAUAGAGAAAGAGAGAGAGAGAGAGAAAGAGAGUGAGAAUUUGAUAUAUCUCUAAUUAAUCAAUUUAAAGAGGAUUCUAAAGACGGAUUGCAAAAAAACGAAAGUUUGUUGAUCACAAAUUGUUAUUUGUUAUUUACGCAUUGUUGUUAUUCUUAACGCGAGUUCCGGUCUUCGUAAAUAUAUAAAUAUAUAUAUAUAUAUAUAUACUAUAUAUGUAUAUAAUAUAUACUUAUUUGAAACGUCCGAUGCUUCAAGUUUUAUCGAAAAUCCGAUCAAUGUUCUUUACCAUCACGAAAGAAUAAAAUAAAAAACAGACAGAGAAAGAGAAAGAAAGAGAAAAAUAUAUAUAUAUAUACAUAUAUAUACAUACACACACACACACAUAUAUAUAUAUAUAUAUAUAUAAGAAGAAGAAUAUAAAAGAAAAAGAAAAAACAAGAAAACUAAAGAGAAGAUUAGAACAAUGGUCGUGAAAUCUGAAAGCACGAGGAACGGUCACGAGCUGGCUCCUCUAAACGAUGAUCGUCAACCUCCUCAUAACGUGACCAUUGUGGUUUCCGGAAAUCAAAAUGCAUCGGCUGUCAACGCGGAACCAAGAACGGAAGAUAACAGAGCGGCAUGGAGCGGGAAGAUGCAGUUUUUCCUGAGCAUCAUUGGUUACAGCGUCGGUCUUGGCAAUAUAUGGAGGUUCCCUUAUUUAUGCCAACAGAAUGGGGGCGGUGCCUUUCUUAUACCAUUUUUCGUGAUGCUCAUCCUCGAAGGCGUGCCCCUAUUUCUGAUCGAGUUGGGUCUUGGACAACGAAUGCGACAAGGUGCCCUUGGAGUUUGGAACACGAUACAUCCCUGGUUAGGCGGUAUAGGAAUAGCCUCCUGCAUCGUCACAUUCUUCGUUGCACUUUAUUACAACGUCAUUAUCACCUGGUGCUUCUUUUAUCUCUUCAACUCUCUCGAGGCAGUCACAAUUAAAUUUGGCGCGCCACUGCCAUGGGCGAAGUGCCCGGAGGUCGACGAGAUACCGGUAGAAGAAUGUGUCAAGAGCUCUGAGACCGCUUACUUUUGGUACAGAACCACUCUGGAUGCGGCACCGUCGAUCGAGGAUGGCCAAUCUCUCAAGUGGUGGAUCGUUCUGUGCCUUCUACUCAGUUGGAUCGUUGUCUUCUUUAUCGUCAUGAAGGGGAUACAAUCAUCGGGCAAGGUAGUCUAUUUUACCUCGAUGUUCCCUUACCUCGUACUCACGAUCUUCUUCAUUCGUGGAAUAACUUUGAAAGGUGCUAGUGCUGGAUUGGCACACAUGUAUACGCCAAAGGUCGAGAAAUUAUUGGAGCCUACCGUCUGGCUUGACGCAGCUACUCAAGUCUUCUAUAGCUUUGGAUUAGCUUUUGGUUCCUUGAUUGCAUUUGGAAGCUACAAUACGCCCGACAACAAUUGCGUCAGGGACGUGAUUCUGGUGAGCGUGUGCAACGCGUUUACCGCCAUUUACGCGAGCGUUGUCAUUUUCGCCAUUUUGGGGUUCAAGGCGAUGUCGAAUGUGGACAAGUGCCUGGAAAGCAAUAAGGCCUCGCUGAUCAAGCAUGGUCUUCUAUUUGCAAAUUCAACGACUGACGAUUACGAAAACGUUCUAAAUACGUUCAAUAUUUCGACUGCGAAUUUAACCUUGGAUAGAUGUAGUAUGAGCGAACAACUGAAUAACGCUGCCGAAGGUACUGGAUUGGCCUUUAUAAUCUUCACUCAAGCGAUCGUCGAGCUUCCAGGUGCACCAUUUUGGUCCUGUAUAUUCUUCCUAAUGCUUUUGGCCCUUGGACUUGGCUCACAAAUUGGUAUUAUGGAAGGAAUGUUGUGCGUAAUCUUUGACAUUGAUCUAUUCAAGAGAAUAAAGAAACAGUAUAUAACAGGCGUAGUAUGUAUCGUUUGUUUCUUCGUCGGCCUCAUCUUCUGUACCGGCGCAGGAGAAUACUGGUUGAAAAUGUUCGACAGUUUUGCUGGUACCAUUGGCCUCGUUAUGGUCGCACUUAUGGAAAUGAUAUCGGUCAUCUUUGUCUACGGCCACGAAAAAUUCACGAAAGACAUCGAAGAAAUGACAGGUUAUAGGCCAGGUAUUUAUUGGCAAGUUACAUGGAGAUUUCUCGCGCCUAUAAUCAUGGUUGGCAUAUUGAUCUCCAGUAUUGCUUCUAUGUUUAUCAAGAAACCAGAAUAUUCAGCAUGGAAUGCAACGUUGGGUAUAGCAGUAUCUACAGCUUAUCCAGGCUGGGUCUUAGCUAUCGCAGCAUGUAUAAUUGUUGCCGGUAUUGCACCGAUACCAAUAGUUUUUCUACUUAGAGUAUUCCAAUGUGUAAAACUCGACGUGGACAUUCAUCAGGGUAGCAUUCGUCGGAUCGACACGACCGUAUCGACUAAGGAAAUGAUGGGUGACGUUGAUUUGGACGAGUAUCACGAUCGUUUAGAAGAUUUUCCCGAGGAGGACGAGGAUGUUAAUAGCGACGACGACAACAAUAGUGCACCGCCCAUAACAAAGAUCGUUCCAAAUAAGCUUCAGGGUAGAGCUUUCAAAAUGGAAGCAAUGGAAUUUUGAACGCGUCGCAUUUAGGAUGUGUUCCUUACGUUUUAUUACAAACAAAUGAAAUAGAAGAAGAAAAAAAAAACAAAAACAAAACAGAGAAAGGAAGGGGAAGGAAGGAAGAAAGAAAGAAAAAAAGAAAGAAAACAA